AUGCCGCAGCCCUCGGCGGCAAGGAAUGCGUGCCACUGCGUAGUCGGCCUUGGAUCGAAUGCAGCGUUGGUGCUGGACUUCGGUGCCUGGGAUCGCGAAUGGCAUGGCAUUGACAGCGGUGCAUGGUGUGGCGGCAGACCGGCUGCUCUUCAAAUAGAGGACAUGCUUCGGCACGGCGGCCUGAAGCAGAAUGCCAAUGCCCAGAAAAGCAAAUUCCACCUGGCUGCUGUCCGUUUCCUUGAAGGCAAGGCUGAGGACCACGAUGAAGGCCAGGGGGUGGACGAAGAUAAGACAACCGUGAAACGGCUGGUCUCGUCUGAUACUGGCGGCCCCACAGCCGCCCAAUGCUUGACGGCACUGGAAGUUCUACUUGCUGGAGGAAUGUUUUACAACAUCAUGGAGGCUGCGGCUGAGGCCGCCUUCAACGUGGACCGCCGUCGCCUGCAGCAACCCGUUCGGGCAGUGGCCUUGGCUGAGGAUGCAAGAGGCGGCUUCGAGCUUUUGAAGGUGCGGUACGUCAUGGCCGACUGGUCCGUUCAUUGCCGCAUGCUAGACCUGGCCACGGCUGAGAAGGCUGGGCAGCACGUGAGCCAGGGCAGAUCGGGUUCCAGUACAGUAGCCCUGCCAGCCGAGGCCGCACUGGACAAAGCCAGAUCGCUGCCUGACACCCUGGCCAGCUUCUUGCCGGAGGAAGCCCUCCGGAAUGCUUUCAAAGACAAGAUCCGCAUCUUUAUGGCCGACGGGGAAUUUAGCGAGCCUCUGGCGGCACGGCUGAGUAAA